AUGGAGACUCCACUCCACCCGGCCGACAUGCACAUCGCAAACCCACCCACAGCUCUGGGCCCUUGCACCUGCCUCUCCCUCACCUACCUAACGCUGACCGACCUGCAAACAGUCCCCAGCCUGUCCUUCCCACAAGUCAUCUUCCCGCUGCGCAAAGCCAUGACCGCCGUCUCCGCGGUGCUACACUGCCCAACAUGCCCUCUGGACCCCUUCUCCGCACUCCAAAACGUGUCCUCGCUCACCUCCCUCUUCAAAGCCAUCGUCUCGCGCUUCGCAAAGGCACUGGCCGAAGUCGAUCUCGAAGCACAGCGGCUGCGCGCCCAGGCCGCCAGGAAGCCGUACCGCAUCGGCGACAACAGCCCCGCGCUUUCGCACCUGCACACGGGCACGCUCGACUGUCCGAUGGGGUUUGAUGUCGAGCUGCAGCCGGACGUGUGGAAGACGUUGGUCAAGGCGGCAUUGAGGACCGAGAUGGACGGUGGGGGCAGCAAUCCUACGCCGUUGAUGCGGUUGCUGAGGGAGACCGAGGAGAGGCAGGCGAGGUGGCAUGGUGAUGGGGGGCUUCUUGCUAAGGAGCGUAGGAGGUUGUGGGGCCAAGAGGAUUGUGAGAAGGAGGAGUUGGCGUGUGAGGGGUUGGGGAGCGAGCAUAUUAGGAGGGUGAUUGGGAGGCUGAAUUGGGAGUGA